AUGUUCAUGGACAGCUUGGAACAGGAGACACAAGGUCAAGUCGUCAACCCCGCAAGACGACACAUUCAUCUCGCUUGCAUCAGGGCGCAGUCACACGCUUGCGGUUACUUCCAAGGACAUUUAAGAGGAGUGAGAAUCGUUGAAGUCGCUUGCGGCUCAUCGCAUAGUCUAGCUGUGGACGAGAAUGGAGGCCUAUGGGGAUGGGGUUGUCAUAAAUUCGGCCAGCUAGGACUUGGUGACGUCGGACAAGAAUCAUUAAAGCUUCCUCAUCAGGUUGACCUGCUGAGGUCUACCCUCAUCGCGUCUGUGGCUGCGGGUGACAAGCACUCGAUAGCUCUCAGCUCGCAAGGGAUCGUGUUCUCAUGGGGACUGAAUGGAUAUGGCUGUCUGGGGGCAGGAAAUGCAAGAAAGAACUACCCAGACUUCGUAGAAGAUGAUUCUCUUCUCUUCCCUGAGCCUUUUCGAGUCUGUAAUCAGCCAACAAGAGUCAAUAUUGAGGACUCGAUCGCAGCGAUCUCUGCUGGUCUUUUCCACUCAGCUGCCGUUGGAGAGAAGGGGAAGUUGUACACGUGGGGGAAGGGAGGUGAAGGCCAACUGGGUAGCGGGAUGAUGGCAGACCUGUAUGUUCCUGCUGCUGUUAAGGAUCUCAAGCAUAAGAACAUCACCAAGGCAGCAUGCGGCUCUUUCCAUACAGCAGCUUUGACAAACGAAGGAGAGCUCUAUGUGUGGGGAUGGGCGGGAGACUGCAAUCUGUUGACGAGAGAGAGGAGCGACGAACCUCUGGGCCCUGUGCUUAGGCCGAGGAGAUUGCAGCUCAAAGACAAGGUACAAGAAAUGGAGGCGCAUCAGGACAAAGGAAAUCGACUCCGAGCAUCCAAGCUGCUGGCUUGCUCGCCCUUUGCCCCCGAUGGCAUCCGAGAUCGAAUCUCAGCUAUCCUUCAAGAAACUCUUUCAGGCCUCUUCCUCUGUCUGUUUCACAUUCACGACUAUCAGCUUUCAGGACCUGGACUGUUGAGAGUCGAGGUGUCAACACAAGCACUCCUACAUACGCUUCUCAACCACAUCCAGAUGCUGAUCAGCAAGCUGGAAGCCAUGGACCUCCUGGGCAUUGAAAUUCGCGAUCCCCACAGCAUUCUACAUCAGCUACUAAUGGAUGUCGAAACAGAGAGAGACAGGAGGAUGAUAGCGAAUCUGAUCAUGAAGUCUUUGAUACCCUGGUCAUAG